GCGUUCCUGGGACGCACGCCGGAGGGCUGGGCUGGGCUGGGCUGGGCAGAGCCGAGUUUAAUUCACAAUAACGCCCGAGGUUUGGACCGCACCGGAGCGGCCCUUCCCCAGAACACACUGAACUCAAGUUUCUGUUCUUUCGGCAGCAAAACCCCCCCCCCACAAAAAAAACACAUCCCAUAGAAUGUCGGAAACCGUGGAGCUGAACAACGGGGUACGGAUGCCAGUUUUGGGGCUGGGCACGUUUAAGCUGCAGGGGUACGAAGCGGUGUACCGGGCGCUGGACGCAGCCUUGGCACAGGGGUACCGCUCGUUCGACACCGCGGCAGUCUACCGGAACGAAGGGGACGUGGGCAGAGCCUUGAGGGAGCUGCUGCCCAGGCACGGGCUGGCCAGGACGGACGUUUUCAUCACCAGCAAGCUGGCUCCCAAGGACCACGGCCGCGAAGCCCGAGCUGCAUGCGAGGCCAGCUUGCAGAAGCUGGGCUGGGGCUACCUAGACCUGUACCUCAUACACUGGCCUGGCAAGCAAGGCUGGCAGUCGGAGGAUUUGAGAAACCACGAGGUCAGACGGGAAAGCUGGAAGGCUCUGGAGGAAAUGUACGGGAGCGGGCGCUUCAGAGCCAUCGGGGUGUCUAAUUACACCCUGACGCACCUCAGGGAGCUUCUGGGCAGCUGCAAGGUGUGCCCAGCAGUGCUGCAGGUGGAGUACCACCCCAGGCUUGUGCAGAGGGAGCUCCUGAGCUUCUGCAGGGAAACGGGAAUCCACCUCCAAGCCUAUUCCUCCCUUGGGACCGGCAGCUUGGUCACGGAGCCCAAAGUGCGGGAGGUGGCGGAGAGGCACGGAAAGACCCCCGCCCAGGUCCUGCUGGCCUGGGCCCUCCGACAAGGGGUGGGGGUCAUUCCCAAGUCCGGAGACCCCCAGCGCAUCGCGGAGAACGCCCGGGCGCUUGAUUUGGCCCUGUCGCCCGAGGACGUGCUGGAGCUGAGCUCGCUGGACUCGGGGACGCGCUACUGUUGGGACCCGCAAGGAGUCGCGUAGUCAAGGAGCUUCGAACCAGCGCUAGCCCCCCUGCACCCAGCCCUGGGGCUCAGAGCUCCCCUCAAUGAAGUCUAGUAUUAUUAUUAUUAAUAUUGAAAUGAUCAGGAGCCAGGAGUUUG